AUGCCGCAGCUCGGCGGCGGCGGCGGCGGCGACGACCUGGGGGCCACGGACGAGCUGCUGGCCUUCAAGGAGGAGGGCGAGCAGGAGGAGAAGAUCCCCGCGCACGCCUUCACCGAGCGCGACCUGGCCGACCUCAAGUCGUCGCUCGUGAACGAGUCCGAGGGCAGCGGGAGCCCCGCGGGCGCCGGCGACCCCGAGGGCGUCCGCCGCGCGCAGGAGCCGCAGAGGGUCUACCAGGAGAAGCUCCCGGACCACAUGGAAGAUGGUAUCAAGCACCAGGAUGCGGGGAUGUACAAGGGCUCGGCGUACUCCGGCUACCCCUUCCUCAUGCUCUCCGACCCCUACCUGCCCAACGGCUCCAUGUCACCUCUGUCUAACAAGGUGCCCGUGGUGCAGCCGUCGCACGGAGUCCACCCGCUCACCCCGCUCAUCCCCUACAGCAACGACCACUUCAGCCACGGCUCCCACUCGCCCCACUUGCCAGCCGACAUCAACCAGAAGCAAGGAGUGCACCGUCCUUCCCAGACAUCCGAUAUCCCCGGUUUCUACCCGCUCCCUCCCGGCGGAGUCGGACAGAUCACUCCUUCCAUGGGAUGGUUCACGCACCCGCUGAUGCUGGGCUCCRGCAUGCACACCACGGGCAUCCCGCACCCGGCCAUCGUGCCCCACUCCGGCAAGCAGGACAUGGAGCACUACGACCGCAACAUGAAACCUCAGCCCGAACCAAAGAGAGAGAAGGAAGCCAAGAAGCCCACCAUCAAGAAGCCCCUGAACGCUUUCAUGCUGUACAUGAAGGAGAUGCGGGCCAAGGUCAUCGCCGAGUGCACCCUCAAGGAGAGCGCGGCCAUCAACCAGAUCCUGGGCAGGAGGUGGCACGCGCUGUCGCGGGAGGAGCAGGCCAAGUACUACGAGCUGGCGCGCAAGGAGCGGCAGCUGCACAUGCAGCUCUACCCGGGCUGGUCCGCCAGGGACAACUACGGGAAAAAGAAAAGGCGGACACGGGAAAAGCAGCAAGAUUCCAACUCAGAUCCCGCCUCUCCCAAGAAAUGCAGAGCCCGCUUUGGCCUCAACCAACAAACGGACUGGUGCGGCCCGUGCAGAUAACUCUCUCCACUGUUCUUAGGAGGAAAAAGAAGUGCAUUCGGUACUUACAAGG